AGUUACUCUACAGCACGGUGUCAAGCAAUCGUGUGUAUUUAACUCGUAUACAGCAAGAUCAGUGUUUGUAAAAUUGUUUUUUGAAAAAGAAUUUUGAUGAUGGCUUCUUAUGAAGCGGUUAGCACUGCCGCUCUGAUUCACCUCGUGUUCCGGAUAUCGAUAAGCCCUUGGCCACCUAAAGAUAUCUGUUCACCUGCUCCGAAUUUGGGCGCUUGGAUCUUCACGUUCGCCCUCCUGCUGCUGGCCACCGAUGUGAAGAUGUAUCCGAAUGGUUUCCCACACUUGCCGUACAUCAUUCAGUUCCUUGUGGAGACGGUCGGAUCCCUGUUCAUCGUCGAGCUCGCCACAUCCGUCGUGUGGUGCGGCUUGGAGAGCAUGACCCACCAGCUGACCAGGUUGCUACUUUUAUUCUGGGGAAUGGACGGUGACACUUACCAGGCGCUGGAGUACUGGAUCCUUUUGGUUCCCACCACGGCUGUGGCCAGCAUCUUCCUGUACAUUAUGAUGAGGGCGAUUAUAAGUGAGGACUUGAUCUAUGGAAAGCCACAGGUUACGGUGCAUCUGAACAAGGAAGUCGUCAGAGACAUGGUCAGCAAGUGCCGGCGAAAACGUAGAAAGAAUAUAUAACUGUUCAUUCAUUCGCGUAUCAGUAUUUUAGAACGUAAAUUGUUCGUGUAAUUAAAAUGAAUAUUUCAAUUAUACUUUUUGAUCACAUCUUUUCAAAUUCAAAAA